AUGAGGUUUAGAGUAGAGGCUUGUAAUGAUGCAUUUAUCCUCUUAUCAUCUGCAGUCAACCUACAGUCUCAAGACUUUUAUGAAAUUUGUAUUGGUGGAUCAAACAACAAAGUGACAAAUAUCCAUCGGAAAUACAACACUGGGAACGUUCACCAGAUUAAUACAAUUGAUAUUUUAAACUGUACUGAACAAAGAACACUGAUUGUGAGAUGGAUGGACAAUGGAGAAAUAACCCUUCUUAAAGAAACCAAUGGCGGAACGGAAGUAGUAAUGAAAUGGACCGAUCCCAACCAAAUACCCAUACAUGGUGUCGGAAUCAUGACUGGAUGGGGAGCAGACGGAGGUUGGACUUUAGAACAUUCAUCAAAUGGUGCAGAUGCAAUAUUAAUACAAACCUUUAACAGUGGUAAUAUUGAUGCUGAUUCAACACCAGAUGUUUUUAAUUAUUACACAAAUCUGUCCGAAUACCACUUGUAUCCGUCACAGAACAAGAUGUUCAGGUUUGGAGUCGAAGCUUGUCAUGAUGCAUUCAUUCUGUUAUCAUCUGUAGUCAAUCUACAGUCGCAAGACUUUUAUGAAAUUUGUAUCGGUGGAACAGAUAACACAGCGUCCAGCUUUCGUCGGAAGUACAACACUGGGAACACUCUUUUUAUUUUUACACCAGAAAUUUUAAACUGCACUGAAAAACGGACAAUAACUUUGAAAUGGACAUUCAACGGAGAACUAACACUUCUUAAAGAAACCAAUGGCGGAACAGAAGUAGUAAUGACAUGGACAGAUCCCAACCCAAUACAUAUACAUGGUGUAGGAAUCAUGACUGGAUGGGGAGCAGACGGACUUUGGACUAUAGAAUAUCCGUGUAAGUGA